GCCGCGAACGAGCGACCACCAGCCGACGGACCCCGACAGCAGGACCAAGCCCGCGAUGCCGCGCUACCUCCCGGCACUGCUCCUGCUGCUCUGGCCGCUGCUGCUGCUGCUGCUGCCGGCCGCCGCCGACCCCAGCCCCCUGGCCCGCCCGGGCUUCCGGAGGUUGGGGACCCGCGGGCCAGGGGGCAGCCCCGGACGCCGUCCGGCUGCGGCCGCCCCCACCCACGCGCCCUAUUCUGGGGCCGGCCAGCCUGGCAGGGCCCGCGGAGCAGGCAUUUGCAAGAGCAGACCCUUAGACUUAGUGUUUAUCAUCGACAGUUCCCGAAGUGUGCGGCCCCUGGAGUUCACCAAAGUGAAAACCUUUGUCUCGCGGAUAAUCGACAACCUGGACAUCGGGGCGGAGGACACUCGGGUGGCAGUGGUGAACUACGCCAGCACCGUGAAGAUCGAGUUCCAUCUCCAGACCCACUCGGAUAAGCAGGCCCUGAAACGGGCGGUGGCGCGGAUCGCACCCUUGUCCACAGGCACCAUGUCCGGUCUGGCCAUCCAGACAGCGAUGGACGAAGCCUUCACCGUGGAGGCAGGGGCCCGGGGGCCCAACUCCAACAUCCCUAAGGUGGCCAUCAUCGUGACAGACGGGCGGCCCCAGGACCAGGUGAACGAGGUGGCGGCUCGGGCCCGGGCGUCGGGGAUCGAGCUCUACGCCGUGGGCGUGGACCGGGCGGACAUGGAGUCCCUCCGGCUGAUGGCCAGCGAGCCCCUGGAGGAGCACGUCUUCUACGUGGAGACCUAUGGGGUCAUUGAGAAGCUUUCAUCUAGAUUCCAGGAAACCUUUUGUGCUUUGGACCCAUGCCUGCUGGGCACACACCAGUGCCAGCAUGUGUGUAUCAGUGACGGGGAAGGCAAGCAUCACUGUGAGUGCAGCCAAGGGUAUUCCUUGAAUGCUGACAAGAAGACAUGUUCAGCUAUUGAUAAGUGUGCUCUUAACACUCAUGGCUGUGAACACAUCUGUGUGAACGACAGAACUGGCUCUUAUCAUUGUGAGUGCUACGAAGGUUAUACCUUAAAUGAAGACAGGAAGACGUGUUCGGCUCGAGAUCAGUGUGCUCUUGGUACACAUGGCUGUCAGCACAUUUGUGUGAAUGAUGGAGCUGGGUCCCAUCAUUGUGAGUGCUAUGAGGGCUACAUUCUGAACGAAGACAAAAAAACGUGUUCAGUUCGUAACAAGUGCGCUCUCGGCUCCCACGGUUGCCAGCACAUCUGUGUGAACGACGGGGCCGCGGCUUACCACUGCGAGUGUUAUACCGGCUACACCUUGAAUGAAGACAAGAAGACAUGUUCAGCCGUUGAAGAAGCACGAAGACUCAUCUCCACGGAAGACGCCUGUGCAUGCAAAGCCACACUGGCAUUCCAGGAUAAGGUCAGCUCCUAUCUGCAGAGACUGAACAGCAAACUAGAUGACAUUUUGGAGAAGUUGCAAGCAAAUGAAUAUGGACAAAUACAUCGUUAAACUGCUCCAUUUUUUCACCUGGAAAUAUGGAGCGCUUGAUGUACUUCAUACUUUGGCAUACUCCAGUGUUCCUGUUACUAUCUUGCAAUUACAAAUGCUUGAAUGUUACUGCAUAAGUAGUAUGAGGAUCUUCUGAAGACUCAGUUUUGUUUUUCUAAGGAAAUAAAUGUCCAGAUCCUUCUUAAGAGCAAACUUUAGUGUCUCUAAGGUAUGACUGUGAAAUAGUUGGUAGGA